AAAGGAAACGGAAGCAAAUUUCGCAGGAGGAAAGGGAAGGAGGAAGCCGAACGAAAGGCAACGGUGGCCGGUGCAAACGCGGGCGCGGGUGGGGUCACGCCUGGGCCUUGGCCUGACGCGGGAAGCCGGCCGGAACCAUCCAACUCCGCCGCGUCGUCGUCGCCGUCUUCGUCUUCGUCUCGUCGUCGCCUUCGUCUCGCGUGCCCACCAAGAACCAAAAAAACGCGAGCCGGCCCGCCUAGAAUUCCACGUCCGCGGCCCGCCCACCUUCCGUUUCCGCCUCCUCCCUGCAUCCCUCCCUCUUCCUCUCCUGGAAUCCUGCGACACGGGCGGCGGCGGCGGCGACUGCUGCUGCGGCGGCGGCGGUGAAUCAGAUCCCUGCUCGCGGCGCUGGUCCGGAAUUGGCGCCGGCUCCCCUCGCCGGCCGGAUUCCCUGCUCUGUUCUUCUCAGGCAGUAUUUUGUUCACUGGUGUGCUAUUAGCUUUGUUGAUUGGAGUGCGCAAUGGGAGGCUGUGCGGGAAAGGCACGUCGUGAUGACGAAGAAAGUUUUUAUUUCAAAGGUGGAAAUGUGCAUGUUAUAACAACUAAAGAGGGCUGGGAGCAGAAGAUUGCAGAAGCAAACAGAGAUGGGAAAACCGUUGUGGCAAAUUUCAGUGCUUCCUGGUGUGGGCCAUGCCGUGUCAUUGCUUCUGUCUAUGCUGAGAUGUCAAAGACUUAUCCUCAACUCAUGUUCUUGACAAUAGACGUCGACGACCUGAUGGAAUUCAGCACGUCCUGGGACAUCCGUGCAACCCCGACAUUCUUCUUCCUCAAGAACGGGCAGCAGAUCGACAAGCUCGUCGGCGCGAACAAACCUGAGCUCGAGAGGAAAGUGGUAGCAGCCGCUGGUGCCGCCAGUUCGUCCUAGUGGCAGAAGUAGGGAGUGGGCAAACGAUGUGUGUCCGUUGGCUCGCCUGUGAUGGUUUUCCCUGUGUAUAGUCAUUUGUGUGCUGGUCCCAUGUUUGCCUGGAGAUGAUACGAGACGCUUUACAGUGCCUGGCUUCGCGCGCACUCGUCUGUGUUUUCUUAUGGAAGCUGUUUGUGAACCUGUGCGUGUGACGAAUGAAUUUUGAACUUUAUAUAUAAACACCAGUGCUUGACUGAAAAGAGUCUUUGCAACAUAAAUUUGAAAGGUUUGGUUGCA